UCGAAACCGAUCUCAGUGGCUGUCUUCAGUAACUGCAGUGUAUUUUCAUCCAGAGUGGAUUCAUCAGGCCUGGAGAGAGCAGAGGAAAUCGGAAACCCAUCUCAGUAGCUGUCUUCAGUUACUGGGUGCACCUUCAACUAGAGUGGAUUUCUAAGGCCUGGAGGGAACUGGGAAACCGAAACCUAUCUCAUCCUCUAGUUUACAUCACUGGGUUUGGUUCCUGUUUGGAACCUUUACUGGGCCCCAUGGCAUUGUCUGGGACAGGUACACUGCUGGCUUCCAUUGUCUCCAAGAUAGCAUCUUCAGCAGCUAUGGUCAAAGCUGGAGGGGCAGUCUCUGGCACCAUUCUAGCUGGAUCACAGGGGCUCACCCUGUUAGCCCAGACUGCCCUGGGCUCUGGAGCAUCUGCACUUGGAUCUGCAUUGGGAGGGCUGAAGGUUGGCACUGCUUUAUCAGGGUUCCAUGCCUCCGCCUUGGCUGUUUCCCCCAUUGGAGCCAAGGCUGCUGUUGCUGUGCUUGGGGGAGCCGUGACAGUAGCUGCUGUACCACCUGUGCUGAGUGCUGUGGGCUUCACUGGGACAGGAAUUGCAGCCUCCUCUCUAGCAGCUAAGAUGAUGUCCUUGUCAGCUAUUGCUAAUGGGGGCGGAGUCCCAGCUGGUGGCCUGGUGGCCAUUCUGCAGUCUGCUGGAGCUGCUGGACUCUCCAUGCCAUCUACAGUCCUCAUGGGCUCUGCAGGGUCUGCUGUUGUAGCCAGUGUGAUGGGCAUCUGUGAGAGUUACUACCCCUUUCUCUUCAUGGCAACAGAGGUGGCAGACAUGGGAACAAAGGUGGCAGACAUGGGAACAAAGGUGGCAGACAUGGGAACAGACGUGGCUGACAUGGGAACAGAGGUGGCGGACAUGGGAACAAAGGCGGCAGACAUGGCAACAGAGAAAACACCACCCAACUUGUCUAACAUAGAGACGGAUUAAUUACCCAAGGGGGAAAAUCUGCUAACACAGAUCACCUAGGUGGAAAUAUGAAAUAAAAGCAAGUUCUUGCCUGUU